AUGCUCAAUAGUAUUAGAAAGCAUAAGGAAAAUAUUAGGAAUGAAUUAAGGACUCAUUUGUUUGGCAAACAAGGACUAAGAAUCAGAAGAUCAGUGGACAUUGAGAAUGUAAUUGUCUAAUAGGAAUAAGUGUAAUCGGCUGUGAGAUUUAAGGAUGCCUAUGUAUUACAGGAAUAAAUAGGUAUUACUUCUAAAAAUUAGUAUAGGUGAGGGUGCGCAUUCGGUUGUUAGAAAAUGCUACAAAAUACCUAAACAGAGAAGUACAAAAUCAUUAAUGCCUAAAUCCAUACAAGUUUUUGCUGUUAAAUGUUUCAGAACUGAUGACCCAGAGAUUGUCAAUACUAUAAUACAGACCUUCAAUCUACAAAGAUAAUUACAAGACAUCCCUCAGGUAUGCAGAACAUAUGAUUUAUUCAUUGAUCAAUAAACAAAGCAUCAUUAUCAAGUGAUAGAAUAUUGUGAUAGUCCUAAUUUGGAAUAAGUGUACCGCAACCUCACUCUCCGAUAGAAACAAGACACGAUUAAAUAGUUGGCUUAGAUUAUCGCUUAAAUUCAUGCCAGAGGAAUCUCACACAGAGAUUUAAAGCCAGAAAACAUUUUGAUUUAAACUGAACCAAACCUCCAAAUCAAAUUAAUCGAUUUUGGAGUGUCUAAACGAUUCAAAUACAGAGACACCUUUACUGAAAUGUGGACUGCGACUGGCACAAUCUUGUAUUAGGCUCCGGAAGUGUUUCUGGGAGGAGGUUAUGAUGAAAAAGGUAACUCAAAUAUUGAUUUAUCCAGUUGAUAUCUGGUCCAUAGGGAUAAUACUCUUUCAGUUGUUAUGUUCAACCUUGCCCUUUUAUGCUGAGACCAUCAGUGAAACUAUAGAGUAAAUUACAUCCCCAGACCCCUAAUUUCAAUACUCCAAAGAAUUUUUAAAGUUGAAUCAAGUACAAAGAGACCUAAUUAAGAGACUGCUCAAACCACAUCCUCAUUAGAGAUUGUCUGCCGAAGGUAUUAAUACUAUUUAUAAGAAAUACCCUUACAUCCAUGGUUUGAUUAAGAGAAUUAUGUCGAUGUUAGUUCUGAUGACAUGAUUCUAGCCUAGGAUAUUAUGAUAGGAGAAAGAACUAUGUCCAAUUAAAUUGGGACUGAAAUCACAGAACAACAAUUCUAAAAUCUGAUGGACAGUCUUGAAUGGGGUAGAAGAAUUCAUUUUAUCUAAUGA